AUGCCGCGACGCCGAUCCGCGGCUCGAAUGCGCGCCCCUUUGUGCUGUCCGUGUUUAUCGCGUUGCAUGCUCACGGCAGUGCACCCCCCCGUCUGUGCGCUUGCACGCUGCGCAUGCGCGUGCCUUCUCCUGUGUGUUUGCGUGUGGGCGGCGCAGGUUGUCCUUUUCCUCCGCGAGAGCAUUGUCGGGCUGGCAACGCUCGUCGUCAUCUACUGCGCGCCGCAGAUCUGCCGCGCGCUCAACCACGUGUGGGGAACAUACGUGAUGAGCGACGAGGAGGUGACAGAGGAUGAGUUCGGCGACAGCAUGUUCGGCGCGCUCGUCUGCCCCAUGCAGUUCGGACUCGCCGCCGCCUUCCUCACGCGCCAUCUGCAUGUGCUGGUACCAGCGCUGAGGCAGGCGGGGCAGGCGGCGCUGAUGGCGAGGGCGAGGGGCGUGGCGCUGGUGGUGGCGGCGGCGUGGUUUGGCAUCGGGUGGAAGGACCGCAUCCUCAAGCUCGUCGCUGCUCAACGCCCCGACGACAAGCCGGUGCUGGCGAACGUGAGUGCGGUGCUGACGCUGCUGCUGCGCGUGCUGGCAGGCAUCACCAUUGCCGACAUGUUUGGCAUCAGCCUCAAGUCCCUCAUCGCCAUUGGUGGUAUCUCAGGCUUCGCGCUGGCAUUUGCCUCAGAGAAGGUGGUGACCAACUUCUUUGGCGGGCUCGUGCUCAUCCUCACACAGCCAUUCGCGCUGAGGGAGAAGAUCCGAGUGGCGGGGCUCAAGGGCAAGGUGCAGGAGAUGGGGUUCCUGCACACCACCAUCGAGGGGGAUGAUUUGUCGCCCAUCAUCAUCCCCAACUCCAUCUUCACGUCUGCUGUCAUCACAAACCUCACGCGGGCGGGGUGCAAGACACUGGAGGCCGCGUUCGUGCUGCGGCAUGAGGACGUGCCGCGAGUGAAGGCCAUCACACACGCGCUCACUGCCUACCUGCAGCAGCACCCAAGGGUGGACAAAAGCAAGGGCCCCGCCAUGGGGUACCUCAAGCAGCUCACCGGGUCGGGGCUGCAGAUUGGCGUGGUUGCUUCCAUUAAAGACCAAAGCAAGGGCAAGUUCCUACCGGUGCAGCAGGAGAUACUGGAGAAGAGCGUGGAGAUCAUUCUAGCGGAGGGCGCGCUGCUGGGCGAGAGCGCUCCCUAUGUGCCCUCCGCCUCCGAUGGCGCCGCUGCCUCCACCUAUGCUGCGUAA